AUGAACGGAAUCAUCCACAAUUGCACGCACAAGGACACGGGCGAGGAUACCACCUUCCGACUAAGCGAGGAGGAGAUGUUCAUACGCAUCUUUAACUACAUUGAGCACUUGUUUGGGAAGAUCAAGCCGAAGCAGCUCUUCUUCAUGGCUAUUGACGGUGUCGCACCGAGAGCCAAGAUGAACCAGCAGCGCGCCCGUCGGUUCCGAACCGCUCUCGACGCCGAGAAAGCCCGUGACAAGGCGAUCAGCGAGGGUGUUGAGAUGCCCAAGGAGCCUCCCUUCGACAGCAACUGCAUUACCCCCGGCACCGAAUUCAUGGCGAAGCUUACCCAACAACUCAAGUAUUUCGUCAACAAGAAGGUCUCCGAAGACGCCGACUGGCAGGGCUGUGAGAUCGUUCUGUCUGGUCACGAGGUGCCCGGUGAGGGAGAGCACAAGAUCAUGGAGUACAUCAGAAACGCCAAGGCGCAGCCUGAAUAUGACCCCAACGUCCGUCACUGCUUGUACGGACUCGAUGCCGACCUCAUCAUGUUGGGUCUUCUCAGCCACGACCCUCACUUUUGUCUUCUUCGAGAGGAGGUCACUUUCGGCCGCCACAACAAGAACAAGGCCAGAGAACUGGAGCACCAGAACUUUUACUUGAUGCACCUCUGCAUAGUUCGCGAGUAUCUCGAGUUGGAGUUUCAGGAGCUUCAAGAACCUGGGAAGCUUGGCUUUCCCUUCGAUUUGGAGCGGGUCAUCGACGAUUUCAUUCUCAUGGCUUUCUUCGUCGGAAACGAUUUCCUUCCCAAUCUUCCACGUCUGCAUAUCAACGAGGGUGCACUCGCUGCCAUGUUCCGUAUCUACAAGGAUAUUCUCCCCAAGGGAGAUGGCUAUAUCAACGAAGGAGGUAUCAUUAACCUUCCGCGUCUUCAAAAGCUUUUGGAGGAACUUGGAAAGGACGAGAUUGAGUCUUUCGAGAACGAUGCUAGCAACGAGAAGUGGUUCCAGUCCAAGAGAUCCGCCGAACCGAACGGCGUCGACAACAAGAAGUCCAAGGCCAAGGGUCUUGUGCUGACGUCUUCUCAGAGAGACUUAUGGAAGCAAAAGAUUCGUCCCUAUGUCAACAAACCAUCAUCUGAGCCGCUUGAUCUGGGUACCAGUUUGAACGCUGCGGACCGCAAGUUUGUCCAAGAUCUUGCUGAUACCCUUCAUAUUGAGUGGAGCACGAAGGAGGACGAUGAUGGCCAUCGUCACCUUCUUUUGUCUUUCCCCGAGGGUGCCGUUGAGAGCCUCAAUGAUGAAGAGGAAGAGGGAACACUGGCUCUCUACCGGGUUGUUCGAAACUACGACAAGGCUCUGGUUGUGGACAUCACUCCGGAGGAUGCCCAGCGUCACUACCAAGAACUCUACGACACCAAGUAUCAAGCCUGGAAGACGAAGUACUACUUGGAGAAGUUCCCUGAAUGGCCGCAGGAGUCUUACGACAAGGAGCUUGUCAAGCUUUGCGAAAACUACGUCCAGGGUCUCCAAUGGGUCUUGCACUACUACUAUCACGGAAUCGCCUCGUGGCCCUGGUUUUACCAGUACCAUUACUCCCCCUUGACUUCUGAUGUUGUGAAGGGUCUCGGAGCGGACCUGAAGUUCACCCUGGGUCAACCGUUCAGACCAUACGAGCAGCUGAUGGGUGUCUUGCCUGACCGAAGCAAGUCUAUCGUUCCUGAAGUCUACUGGGAUCUCAUGACGAAUCCCAACUCCCCCAUCUACGACUUCUACCCCCGAGACUUUGAGCUCGACAUGAACGGAAAGAAGAUGGAAUGGGAAGCCAUUGUGAAAAUUCCCUUCAUCGACGAGAAGCGUCUUCUUAGUGCCAUGGCGACAAAGAAUGAUCAACUCAGCCAGCAGGAGAAGUCAAGAAACGGCUUCGGUGUUGCUCUCAAGUUCACGUAUAACCCCGAGGUUGCGUACACCUACCCGUCAUCUCUUGUGGGUGUGUUCCCUGAGAUCAGCCCCUGCCAUUGCAUCGAGAACAUUUUUGAACUGCCGAACACCGAAGGAUUGAACUUCCGCAAGGGUCUUGUUGAGGGCGCCAAAAUCAACAUCGAUGCCCUGGCAGGAUUCCCUACGCUGCACAACCUCCCCUACACAGCGAUGUUAGUUGAGCACUACGGUGUCAAUGUUUUCCAAGCAGACAGCAAGAACCCCAGCAUGAUCAUUACCCUCACUGAUUCAGAAAUGAGAACGAAGGCUGAAGUGGCCAAGGCCAAGCUUGGAAAGCGUUGCUUCGUUGGUUAUCCUUUCUUGCAGGAAGCGAAGAUCGUGAAGGUCUCCGACGAGCUCUUCGACUAUGAGCUUGAUGGACGCGAUGGGUCCGUGAUUACACGUCAUCACGGCGAUAGGGAGAUCAGGGAAUGGUCCAAAGAAGCCGCGUAUAUCGAGAAUUGGCACGCAAAACGUCUCGGGUUCACCAUCGGCACCGUCGAGUCCCUUGUUCAAGUUCACAUGCUCAAGGGCUUGAUCAAGACCGAGGAGGGUGCUCUGAUCAAGGAGUACGCUGAGAAUCCCAGCAUGAGGAGCAUCUACGCGUCCCAGACAAUUGUCGACGAGGUCGUCAACGAGGAUGAACGUUUCAUUGAGAAGGCUGCCGUCCCCAUUGAAGAAGAGUACCCAGUCGGUACUCAGGCUUUCUUCUUGGGCGAAUUCCAAUACGGACGAGCUCUCGAGGUCACUGGGCAUGCUAACAACAAGGCGAACAUCAGAGUCUUGGCCCUCAAGAACAAAGAGCCAGACUUCGCAAAGCCGAUCAUUCAAGAUAUGAAGCGCCAGAACCGGUACACUCCAUCGUAUGCCGUUGCCAAGAUGCUGAAUCUUCAUCCCUUGAUUCUGAGCAAAAUCUUGUCAUCCUAUCAGAUCAACACGGUUGGCGGUCUCAGAGUCAACCUGGGACUUAACCUCAAGUUCGAUGCGAAGAAGCAGAAGGUCUUGGGCUACUCCCAGAAAUCAGACUCUGGAUGGGAGUUUAGUAACGCUGCCAUUGAACUUUUGGCCAGAUACAUUGCUGCUUUCCCCGACUUCUUCGCAGCCAUCCAGCAGAACCCCCAGUCAAGCGAUGUCAGCGACACUGAUCUCUGGAAGGAUCCCAAGGUUGCCGCUGCGCGCGUGAAGGAGAUUGGUGCCUGGUUGAAGUCAGCUCAGACGAGCAAGUUUGAGAGGGUUCCUUUGGAUGCCGAGCAACUGGAUUCUGUCGUGGUGAUGCGUCUUGCUGAGGAGGGUGCGAACGUUUUCACCAACUCCCAUGAGGUUGAGGUGAAGAACAUGAAGGGCGUCCCGCGGUCAGCCAUCAUGAAGCCCAGCGACGCCGAGCUCUUCCUGAGCAAUCAGAGAUUUGCGCUCGGCGACCGCGUCAGCUUUCUGUCCUCUUCUGGCAAGGUGCCCUUGGGAAGUCGCGGAACAGUCGUUGGCUUGAGCCGCACCGCCAAUCAUGUACUCCUUGAUGUCGUCUGGGAUUUGACUUUCAUGAGCGGUACGACACUGGGUGACAGAUGCCCGCCUUUCCGCGGUAUGACUGUCUACUCUUCGUCAGUACUCAACACUACACACAAGCAAGUUGUUUCUGGUUCAAAGGCCGGAAACUUGCGCCGGCCGGCACCUCCUGUAUCUUCAUCGCUCACCACUGGUGCAGCUGGUGUGGUUCAGUACAAGGAUGCCCCUGCUCCUGGGCCCCUCGCAGGUGGUUGGCGCGGUGCUGUUAAUGGCAGCCCCGGCCACUCUGGUCGCAGUCGCGGUCGCGGCGGUGCGCCCAACUUGCUGCACAGCAACCUGGUCUACCGUCCUGCCAAUGGUGCGGGAGAGGGUCAUGAAGUCAAUGGUCAUGGUCAUCGCGGUGGAGGAAACCCGAACGGCAGAGGCCGCGGCCGUGGACGUGGUGGACCUGUCCAACACCCUGGACACUCAGGACUUCAUGAGACGCCGCAGCAACCGAUGUAUUCCAACGUCCCACCUCCUGCCAACCUUGAUGCUAGAGGCACAGGACGCGGACGUGGACGUGGCGGAAGGGGUAGGGGCGGUCCUCGCAGCCGUGGUGGCAAUGGAGCCGGAGCGCCGGAAUCUUAG